UUCGCCGUGUUGUAACAGAAACACGAAUGAUAUACUCUUUUUUAUUAGAUAUAAUAGAAAAUUAGUGCAUACUCAUAGUAUAGUAGGCUAAUUCAUGAAUCAAAUAGGCCUUUUCUUUUUUUAUUAAGCGGUAGAGUCGCGCUCUUUAAAGGCCCUAAGAAAGAGGCUUACGUGAUCACUUCAAAUCCGAUAAAGAGCUUCCACGAAACUCCUGUCUUAGUCUUCAUUUUUUAUGUUCUGGGACAUAGAUAUUCAAGAUAUCCUAUUAUGAAUCGCUAAAGUCUUCCUCCUUCUCCAUUGUUCCAAUCAGAUCCGAAAAAUGAGAAAUAAAGAAAAAGUAAGUGGCCCUGAAUUGAAUCAUGACUAUAUAAGCAAUUCUGAUAUUAAGAUUCAAUAUAGAUGAAAUCGUGGAAGCGGACCUUUUCUUUCCUUGGACCACGUAAGAAUUCGUCGUCCGAUUGAAUCUUCUUGUUCCUGGAUGCUCUAUCAAAAUCCAUCGCUAUUCCUUUCCUCCACCGAGAAAGGUUCAUUCCAAGUCACAAGAGCAAUCGUUCUUUUUUGAAUGAAUUUUUCUUGUCGUUAUGGUAAUGCAAUGCAAGAGGCCGGAAAUCAGGUUGUUUCUUAUGAUGAAAAGAGCUUUUAUGUUAUGUGAAAUUUUUGAAAACCCUUAAAAGUAGGUAAUGUUAGAAGACGACCGUCGGUAUAUCUUUGAAAGCUCAGACGGAGAUAAAAAAAGGAUUCCUCGAACUUAAGGAACUUUAAUGCAAACCAGAAGGACUGUAGCUGUUGGAUAUUGCUCAGUACUACUAUAACUUAACAACCAAAAAGCUCUGCGUCGAACUUCCUUCGAGUUGGCCACGGGGCAACAGCCUCUGACGCCCCGCACCAUUGCGACAGGAGGGAGCUUGCCCAUCAGCCUACUUUGCCAAGAGGUGGCGGGAGGAUAGCAGAAGCUACCCAACCUACUUAAACAACCUAAAGGCUUAGCCCGGUCUGAAGAAAGAAGAAAGUAGACCCUGUAGAGAAGCGGAUAGAAAAGAUCGCCUAUAGACUCAAGCGACCAGCUCGGUGAAAACUCACCCCGUAUUCCAUGUAAGUCAGUUGACUUCGAUUAGACCAGACCGCCCCAGAAAGGAACGUGCCCACGAGGGCACCACCAGAUGUUGUAGAUGAACCUACUAAAGAAGAAGUUGAGUAUAUCAUAGCUGACCGCACCAUGGGCUAGCCCAUAGACCGACUGCACGAAUGGAAUACUACUUAGUAAAGUAGAAGGGCCAACCUGAGAGCAAGUCAAGCUGGGAACGGGCUGAGACUUACGAUUCCGAAGACCAAGUCAGAGACUACUGGACGUCUCGCAGAGCGACUCUCAACGAGGACGUUGAGACUGUUCGAAAAAAUGCUUUUUUGGCUUAAUUUUACUAAAGAUCAAAGAGUACGCUUGUACUUAAUAAGGAAAAGGGUUUUUUUGAAUCCAAGUUUGACUCUGAUUAGAUGCUUAGCGCAGGCGCUAAGUAAGCAAGCUACCUUAUUGUAAUAAAAACGAGGAAAAUAACGUCAAGGAGAAAGGAACAAGGGGGCCAGAGGCACCGAUCAUUAUAUCUUUUCUUUUUCUCUCUUGUAUGGAAAGAGGGGAUGAUAUGUGGCCUAGUAUACUUUCUCGUUUGGUCAACGAGACGUACGUACGUAAAGUCGACAUAGUCCCAUGUAUAUGUUCUUUGGAGCUAGAAUCUAUCAAUAGAAUCAAAUAAUAAAUAGUGUAGUGAGCCUACGGCAACGAACAUGGCUCAAGAGUGUCUAUACAAAGUCCUUAUCUUCUUCACUCAAAGAACCUUUGAAUGUUGAUAAAGAAUGAAUCUUUUGGUGAGAAGUUAGGAGGAUAAAAGGAAAUGCCACGCUCCGCGUGUCACGAGAUAUGGGGCGUUCUAAUCGAAGGCUCAUACUUUUCGGCCUUAUUACGGUAAGGCCAAUGCACUAGCCGGCCAGUGUGGUGGCGAACACGCUGUGCUGUAAGCUAAGCUGUUCACCUUGUAGACGGAGGAGAUAUAUAAAGUGUGCCGCGCGUGAUUCAUAAGAUUCUAUAAUAGCAUCAGUAGAUUAUUUCACUUAGCCUGCUUCUCCCAUAACUUGGACUUUCUGGACCAACGCGGAUCUGCCCUCGAAAGUCUCUCCGCAUUUUGAGAGCAGAGCAUGCAAAAUAGAGCAAUGGAUCUUAAAAGAAUUCCGCUUUGAAUGGCGCGACUCUUUUCAUUUCUGCGCCGGCAUUUGAGUUAUCUCCUCUUUUCUUUCAAUCGGCACACUCAACGCAGAUAGCUCUGGUGACCUCGGCUUCUGCCUCUAUCAGGCUUUUCAAGACCUACCACGCUUCCCCAAGAGGAAGGAUAUGUAAUCGCUUAAGCGAAGCUUUUGGAUUCGACGGGCCCGUAAUGAGGAUCCUUCCCAAACAAAACCAGGGGAGGCAGCAGCCCCCACCUUCACCGCCACAGCAUGGGGGAGCCGCUCCUUAAUUUCAUCCGAACUAAAAAAAAAAGAAUAACCGGGUCUCUAGAAAAGAGAAUGAAAAGCCCGGGUGAAAGCAAAAAGAAAAAGGUAUGAAGUCGCUAAAGCGAAGAUUUUGGAGAGAAGAAAAGUAGAAAGAGGGAAAGAAGUUUAGUGCUAGUUCUUGCUGAUUUAUUUAUUUAGAUUCUACAUUGGAUAAAGAAUGAAAAAAAGAAUCUAAAUAAAGCUCAGGGGGGCGGGAGGCCCCACUACUUCUUCAUUCAGGGGGGAGGAAUCAAUUUCCACUGGGCGAGAGGUACACCUAACUUACCUACCUACUCAUCAAUCACGGUAUUCAGCUGACUUGCACUGAUAGACCUUUAUUGUAUUAGAAUUAGGCGCUCAUCUUUUUACUGUUGUCAACUAAUCUUUUCAAUGUUCGAUUUUGCUCUAUGUUAGAACAUUUCUGUGAAUGCUAUUCUGAUCUAAGUGGUCUUAUUCUGUGUCCCGUGCUAGGAAGCAUUACUCUUCUUUUCAUUCCAAAUUCAAGAAUACGAUCGAUACGAUUGAUUGGUCUGUGCGCUUCUCUUAUUACUUUUUUGUAUUCUCCUGUUCUUCGGAUACAAUUUGAUCCUUCUACGGCCAAAUCUCAAUUUGUGGAAAGCCUUCGAUGGCUUCCUUAUGAAAACAUCAAUUUUUAUUUGGGUAUAGACGGUAUCUCUUUAUUCUUCGUGAUAUUGACCACAUUUUUGAUCCCUAUUUGCAUUUUAGUGGGUUGGUCUGGUAUGAGAAGUUAUGGGAAAGAGUAUAUUACAGCAUCUCUAAUUUUAGAAUUUCUAAUGAUCGCCGUGUUCUGCAUGCUGGAUCUUCUACUAUUCUAUGUUCUUUUCGAAAGCGUGCCAAUCCCUAUGUUGUGCGGAGCUGAGCAUCUUCUAUUCGCUAGGAUAAAUCCUCUGCAGGGGCCUUGUGCAGUAAACCCCCUACGGGCGGUCGUCCGUCGUCGUAAAGUAGUCUCCGCGAAGCUUUCGGGAAGAGGGGUAGUCUUGUGUGUAAGCAUAGCAUUUCUGGUCGAACCCGCCCAACUUAACUAA